CCAUGGCCGCCACCACGGACCUCCACGAGGCCAUUCAGCUGUUCCGCGACAUUGCGAGGGAGGUGCAAGAGGUAGUGGCUGCGGGCUCCGCCUACACCAGGGAUCACAUAGUGCCGGCCAUCCGCAGCUGGGUGAUUAUCCUGCACCAGUCCUUUGUCAUCAGCCACGGGGAGGCGGAGCCAGUGCUGGACAUGGAUCCCCUGGUGAUAUCCAUGCGCAGCCUCGUCCACAUCGUAAACGACUCCUACGCACAGCUGGGCAGCCACCGGGAGGCGGAGGCGGAGGCCCUACUGGAUGUGGCACCCAUUCUGCUGCCCAUGCGCAGCGUCCUGCACAUCAUGAGCGACUCCUCUCCGGAGCUGCACGCGGAGCAGCGGACAGUCGUCGACGCGAACGUGGCCGUAAGGGCCACUCGGUGGAUCUACGGGCUGGCCAGAUCCACAUACGAUAUUAUGUCGGUCCUGGCCGGAUAACAGAGUACCGUUUGCUU